CGCGGGUGGUGCAUGAAUAGUAUUUCGCGGGAGAGUGGCUAGCUAACGGCAGGUUGUCUGCUGUCAACACGGAAUUUUACAACAGUUGUUACUAAAUUCACAAGGACAAUGAGUUUGUGGGUGGACAAAUAUCGACCAACAUCCCUCGGGAAACUCGACUAUCAUAAAGAGCAAGCCACCGAGCUGAAAAACCUGGUUCAAUGUGGCGACUUCCCACACUUGUUGGUGUAUGGUCCAUCAGGCGCGGGGAAGAAGACCCGCAUCAUGUGUCUGCUGCGGGAGCUGUAUGGAGCUGGGGUGGAGAAGCUUCGCAUAGAGCACCAGACCAUCGUGGCUCCCUCAAAGAAGAAAAUUGAGAUUAACACAAUAGCCAGCAACUACCACUUGGAAGUCAACCCAAGUGAUGCUGGAAACCAGGACCGUGUGGUGAUUCAGGAGCUGAUUAAAACUGUGGCUCAGUCUCAGCAGAUCCAGUCGAGCACCCAGAGAGAGUUCAAAGUGGUGUUGCUAACAGAGGUGGACAGACUCACAAAGGAUGCCCAGCAUGCCUUGCGUCGGACAAUGGAAAAGUACAUGUCCACCUGCCGCCUCAUCCUCUGCUCCACCUCCACCUCCAAAGUCAUUGGGCCAAUUAGGAGCCGUUGUCUGGCUAUCAGAGUUCCUCUGCCGAGCACAGAAGAGGUCUGUAAUGUUCUGACAUCAGUCUGUAAAAAAGAGGGUCUGCUCCUCCCACCUGAGCUGGCCAAGCAAAUUGCUGAGAAGUCUGGUCGCAACCUCCGCAAAGCCCUUUUGAUGUGUGAGGCCUGCAGAGUUCAGCAGUAUCCAUUCUCAGUGGACCAAGACGUCCCACAGACGGACUGGGAGGUCUACCUCAGAGAAACAGCUAAUGCAAUCGUCAGCCAGCAGAGCCCUCAGAGGUUGUUGGAGGUUCGAGCCAGGCUGUACGAGUUGCUGACUCACUGCAUCCCUCCUGAAAUCAUUAUGAAGGGUCUGGUGACAGAGUUGUUGAGUAACUGCGAUGGCCAGCUGAAGACGGAGGUGGCCCACAUGGCAGCCUACUACGAACACAGACUGCAGCUGGGCAAUAAGGCUAUCUAUCACCUUGAGGCCUUCACCGCCAAGUUCAUGGCCAUUUACAAGAAGUUCAUGGAAGACGGUCUGGAUGCUAUGAUGUUUUGAACAGGACUUAAUAUGUAGAUACUUUUCUUGACAGGAGUUCACCCUCAUUCAUUUUCUGAUCUCUUGCAUUUUUGCCCCAACAAGACUUUCUGUAGACUUGAUACAGAUUUGCAUCUGUAUUCUAUAAAGCACGGUGGUGACACUGACACUCGCCCCAGGAUGAAUCUUGAUUGUCUUAGAAUUUGUGACUUAAUGCCAUGAAUUGUUGGCCAAAACCUCAGCACUAUACACAGUUUGUAAACCUUGAACUGUUGCUCUAGUUGUGUCAAAUAACACAAACAGAGCAGUUUUGUUAGUGACAGUAGCAGGCACUGAUUUGUAUGGAAAAUACAGGACAAAAUGUUGUCCCUUUAAAAUCUACAUCAGAACAGUACAAUAAAUUGCUUUGUUGAUAUGUAAAA